AUGGACUUGAGAAACGUCCUCAACGACAGCAGCAGCGGCCCUGUCGCUCCUCGCGCCGCCGUGUCAACGCCUGACCGACCACCGCCGCACCAGCAGCAGCAGCAGCAGCAGCCACCACACCCGCAGUACUCCCAACAUCCUCCUCCUCCUCCCCAACAUCCUCAACUACUGCUCCAGCGACAACAGUCGUAUCAUCUUCAGCAGCAGCAGCAGCAACAACAACAACAGCAACAGCAACACCACCCCGCAUAUCCCCAGCUGCCCACUACACCCGGUCAGGCACCACCACACCCACAACAGCACCAGCAGUCGUAUAUAGACUACAACCACCAGACACGGCCCUCGCCCGUUCGCCACAUAUCGCAAGACCCAAGCUACGGAACCCAGCGCAUGCCCCCGGGCGCGUUCGCGUCUACUUCUCCGUUUUCCGGACCCCCUGUCCCCGGCCCGAACCCCUACGCGAACCGACCUCCGCCGCCGCCUCCGCUACAGCAAGUCUCGGCCCACGAUCCCCGCUCGCCCAGCCUUGCAUCCGGACCCGGCCCUUCGCCGUACCGUCACACGCCCACUUCGUCGAUUAGCGCUCAGAGCGGCGGUUAUCCCUUUCCUCCGUCGGCGCAGCACACGCCCACCAGCCCUGUGCAACGACCCUAUAAUCAAUAUCCUCCCAGCAGUACAGGAGCCGCAUACCCCUCCAGGGAAGGCUAUCCUCCAACACCGGGCGGCUCCGUGGGUGUCGCAGGCCCACAACAACAACCACCACCACCACCUCCACCACCAGGACCAGGACCAGGACCAGGACCAGGAGGCGCUGGACGUGCCCCUUAUUUGCAGGGCCCGCCAGUUAGAGUGCCCCAAACACCCCCGAUUAGCACAGCACACAACCCGCAUUUCCAGCGAUCGCACUCGACGCAUUCGUCAUCGACGCCAACACCAACGUCGGCGCACUCGCAGGGCCCGCCAGGACAUUCGCAUUCGCAUUCGCACCCCCAAGUGUAUGGAGCUCCAUUUGGUCGGGCAAGUCCUGUAACGGGGCCGCAGACAGGAGGAGGACCUCAGGGUGGCCAAUUCCUCGUGGAUCCCCAGCAGCGGCAGUCAUCCCAACCAGGGACUCCAGUUGCGGGUCCAGGUGGUGGUCCAGGGCCGCUAACAGCUUCCACGGGCCCUGGAACAACAAUUGGAACGGCACGUCCACUACCGCCCCAGGCAACUGUUAGCCAGGCCCAGGCCCAGGCCCAGGCCCAAAACUUCAACCACUACCACAGCCAGCCGCCAAGCCCUUACCGGCAACAACGACUGCCUCCUUCAGGUUCCUCCUCUGCGACAACGCAUCAUCACCUCAACCUCAACUCUCCCCGGUCCUCUACUCAACAGCAGCAGCACCACCACCACCACCACCACCAACAAAUUUCCUCUCCCCAUUCUCACCACCCUGCCCCUCCACAACCGCCACCACCACCUCCACCACCUCCACCACCGCCGCCGCAGUCUCUGCCCAGACAACCCAGCGCACAAAGCAUUUACGACGCCCGCGAACGUGAACGAGAAGUAAUACGCGAAAGAAGCAUCAGCAUCAGUCCCAAAACCCGGGUCCCAAGUCUGCCAAGCAGUGCAGGUCGUCCUGCCACGGCUACCUCGGUCGUCUCGAUUCCCGAGUCGGAACCUCCCCGCCUCAACAAUCAUACCGCCGCCACUCCAAUGGCACGAUACAGGGACGAGGUUCGCGACGGUGACCUUGGCCACAAUGCCGCCGCCGCCGUCAAGAGAAAACUCGACGACCGAGAAUUGAGGCCAGACGAACUCGAGAGGCGAGACGUUCGUCCCCCACCAUUCGACAACAGGGCCCGUCCGAGCCACACUCCCAACAAAUCAGUCAAGAGGCGAGCAUACGAUGGCCCGCCUCCCUGGGCACAGCAGGCCACCCGCGGCACCACACUGAAGGAGCCCAACUUUGUCCUCUACAAGCCCGUCCACGCUCCAGGCCAAGGCCCCGUACAAAUUAAUGGCCAUAGCCGUCAUGCCUCGCCCGAAGAAAAGCGACCCGUGCCUCGAGCACAUGAACCCACUCCCCGCGCGCACGAGAUUCGACACAACGAACGAUCCGCGACCCCGGGCACACAGGGUCCUCCUCCCGAAGCCCAGGCUAAGUGGGGCCCUCUUGGCCCAUGGGAGCCCACUCUCACGGGUGACGUACCCCAGGACACCAUGGCCAAGGUCAUGGCCGACUUUUUCUUUCACUAUAUCGUAUUGAACGAAAAUAUGGGCGAGAUCCAAAGCCGAGGCAUCCAGUUCGAGAUCGAGGCCAAAUUUGGAGAAUUGAUCGACCGUAAUACCAACCAAAGGAUCGACCUUGGAGUGCUGUCCCCUGCGAUACUCAAAGAAGACGAUUAUGUCUAUCCUUUCCGGAGCAUCAUGACCGAGGCACAACACCGAUCCUAUAACGAGUUCCUCAACCACCAGGUUGUCGUCUCCAAGAACCCCAAGUCCAACAUUGGCCGUGAGCGUCCUCGAGUUCCCAUAUCGUAUGAACACAAGUACGAGAUCGACCGGUUUUACGCGAUACCUCCUCAGAUUCGUGAUAAGCACCUCCCCGUCACCGUCGCCAAUCUUCUCGCAUCCAAAGGGCGUGACGCCAAGGUCCGCGUUUCCUACAAAGAGAACAAGGACGGCAGCAGGGAGCAGAUUGCCAAGAUUGUCAAGGCCCGUCUAAAAGACCUAAGCAUCCACUUCCCGGAACACCGGCUGGAUUGCCGCAUCAGCAUCAACCUCGAAAUGCCCUGGGAGGGCCCUCUUGAGGAGCUAGAGGCGUAUGCGACCAGUGCCAACAAGGGACAGUCUCCGGACCGCCGUAAGAAUCGACUGAGCUAUGGCCAUUGUAGCUAUCAGUUUGAUUUGACGCAGGUGGUGGAGAAUGUUAACGGCCGAGACGAAAAGAAGCACGAACUGGAGAUCGAACUCGACCCCAAGGCAGUCCUAGACCAAGGCCGUAGGGCAAGAGAGGGUCAGCCCAACCAGUACUUUGAUUUGGUGGAAGGGUUCCUGAACAACAUCAGGAUCAUGGCCAAGAUGUGCGCCUAA